AUGUCAAUCAGUCUGCACCAAUGGAAAAUACAAAAAGAACAGCCUGAAAGAGUGGGGGAAGAUCAGGCGGGGUUUCCAAAUGUGAUUGGUGUCAGGGAUAUUCACACUGCUAGGAGAUGGGAGCGCCUAGACCCCGCUGUCCAGCAGAUCAAGCAAGAGAUAUUCGAACACGGGCCGGUCUUUUGCGCUUUCGACAUGUACAAGGAUUUCGGACUUUACAAAUCCGGUGUCUACGUACACACGACCGGCGAUCUUGUUGGCUCUCAUACUCUCAAGAUUAUUGGCUGGGGAGUAGAGUCCGGGCAAGAAUAUUGGUUGGCAAUGAAUUCGUGGAAUGAGGAAUGGGGUGAUCACGGAUUGAUCAAGAUGGCAGUGAAGAAAACCGGUCUCGAGCAGAAAGUAUAUGUCAUAGAUCCGGAAAUCCCGGAAAAAUCCAGAUCGGCAAUUUGA